UUUCUACAGACCCUAAAAACACCGCUGACAGAAGACUGAUGUUGGAGAAAUUGGAAUUCAUGGGAAAUGUUCCCCGCCAUGAGAACGUCCUGAUCAUGCUUGGUAAAGUGACGGAUGACAUACAUACAGGUCCAUACAUGGUCUUGGAGUAUUGCAAAAAUGGCACCCUUCGUGACUGGUUGCUGGCACAGAAGGCCAGGGGAGGUGAACUGAGCGCCGACACAGCUGAUCGUAUGACAGAGUAUGGUGCACAAAUAGCAUCAGGGAUGGAACAUCUGAGUAAUAACAUGAUCAUUCACAAGAAGUUGAUGUCAAAGAAUGUCCUCCUUAAUGGAAGAAUGGUUGCCAAAGUUGCGGGAUUUGGUCCUGAGGGAAGAGAUGCUGCAAAGGACAAGAGUCGUCUGCCAACAAAAUGGAUGGCAUUGGAAGUUCUGCAGGAUCCUGAGUUGAAUUUUACAGCAGCGUCGGAUGUCUGGGCGUACGGUAUCACGCUAUGGGAAAUAUACAGCCUGGGUGAUCUCCCAUACACAACUGGAAACAAGGGUAAGCUGAUCGGCAUGCUGGAGAGUGGAGUUCGUCCAGAGCGACCCACAGAGUGCCCGGAGGCGAUCUACAACGACAUGAUCUUGAAAUGCCUGUACAAUGACCCCAGCGCGCGACCGACGUUCCCACAGAUCAAAGACAAGCUGUACAGUUACUUCCACCCAUCUCCCGAUGACCACGGAAUGUACUACAGAAUAGAUAAUUAAUCUGAAAUAAGGACUCUUUAUACCUAAGCCGGCUACAUUCUGAAGA